ACACAGUCAGCAUUCUAUCCAAUUGGACGUCGCCAACUCUCCUUCUUCAUCUUUCAGCAGUGGCUUUUAAGCAAAUAUCAUAAAUUCCCGGGGGGUUUUAAUCCAACAAGAUUAAAUAAAGUUAUAAACCUCCACCAGGUCGGUUUAUAGUUUCGUACACUCUGCAAAAACCAGAAAUGAAAACCACACCAGAGCAGCAGAAACAAGCAACUCAAAACACACACACACAGAUUGAUGAGUCUCUCUGAUUCUGAGCAGACCCAGAAGCCAGUCUUCGCAGCAGAGCCCACAGUGAUGCCACAAAACCCAACAGAGUGAAAAAGAAAGCAACUUUGUAUGUCUUUGCAUCAGAAAAGCAAUAAUAUUUCACAGACCCAGAUCGGAGAAGGAGACCGGAAGGCUGAAAAAGAUUGGAUUUUGAUUCCAAUAUCUGAAACCCAGUUUGUCGAACACGUCAUCGCCACCACCCACUUUUGAUUAAUUCCGAAGCUAAAUCAUUCACCAUCACCAAACCCAAAUCCAAAAUCGAAUGAGGAACCCUUUUCCAAGAGUCCCUUUUAAUCCAAGACCCUGUUCUCAGCUCACCAUUCAAGUCCUAUAAUGACCCACAUACCUUCUUCCCUAUCCCACUCCGCUACUCUGUCUUCUCUGCACAAUCACUAUCAUCACAACCAUAGUCAUUUGAAUUCAGGCCCUUCUUCUUCAUCAUCAUCGUCUUCCACUUCUUUUCUCUGCUCUGCUUCGCUGGCAAUCAUUCCCUUUGCCACAAGGUCGCUGCUUCUGAAGCUUUUUCGCCAUUUCCGGUGUGCCCAUUUGCUCAGAGUCCACUGUCGCUUGAUUGUUCUCCUCUUGGUGCCUUCUCUCUACUUCAUCACAAGUCCUCGCCGUUCUUUCGUUCUUGAUUUCCUCUCUGUGAUAGCUUUCUCUGCUGCCAUUCUCAUUUCUAUAAACAUUGCACUGCCUCGUUUGGUCUCAAUUCGCUUGUUUCUUGCCCGCUCCUUGCCGCUUUGCUCAUCUUGUUACACCUCCAAGCUCAACAAGCCUCCUCCUCCUCCUGUGCUCUGGUCAAUUGGGUCCAAGCCGAAAUCGGAGAAGAGGCCGAACUCUGGGUCCUGGGUGCAGGUUUAUAGUAAUGGGGAUGUUUAUGAGGGUGAGUUUGAUAAGGGCAAGUGUUCAGGAAGUGGGGUUUAUUAUUAUAAUAUGAGUGGGAGGUAUGAGGGUGAUUGGGUGGAUGAGAAGUAUGAUGGUCAUGGUGUGGAGACUUGGGCAAGAGGGAGCCGCUAUCGCGGGCAGUAUAGGCAGGGCUUGAGGCAUGGAAUCGGGGUGUAUAGGUUCUUCACCGGUGAUGUUUAUGCCGGAGAGUGGUCUAAUGGGCAGUGUCAUGGGUGUGGAAUACAUACUUGUGAGGAUGGGAGCCGGUAUGUUGGGGAGUUCAAGUGGGGUGUCAAACAUGGACUUGGUCAUUAUCAUUUCAGAAACGGAGACACUUAUGCUGGGGAAUAUUUUGCUGACAAGAUGCAUGGUUUUGGAGUGUAUCAGUUUGGAAAUGGACAUCGUUACGAAGGAGCCUGGCAUGAAGGAAGAAAGCAGGGACUUGGUAUGUACACUUUCAGAAAUGGUGAAACACAAUCUGGUCACUGGCAAAAUGGGGUUAUUGAUCCCAGCAUGCAGAAUACCCAUCCUGGAUCCUCCUAUGCUAUCAACCAUGCCAAAGUUCUGAAUGCAGUCCAGGAAGCACGGAGAGCUGCUGAGAGAGCAUAUGAAGUGGCAAAGGUGGAUGAAAGAGUGAAGAGAACUAUAGCGACAGCUAAUAAAGCAGCAAAUGCUGCAAGAGUUGCGGCCGUAAAGGCUGUGCAAAAACAAAUACACCAGCAUAACAAUGAUGGCACCUCUCCCUCACGACUCGUCUAGUCUUAACAGACCAAUCUAGAGCCCUCUGAUUUGAUGCAUUCCCAAUAGCCAUGAGAUAUCAUCUUUCUGUGAUAAUUUUGUCCACAGAUGCUCGUAUUACACCUUUUAGUGUCUGGACGAUGAAAACAGGUUCUGUAGGCAGGCAUCACACUUCUGCAGCAGAAUUCUUACAGCAUGUUAUACUGUUACUGUUAGACAAAGCACGGACGCACACCGAGAUGAGUGCCACGCAAAUGGUUCUUUUGUUUUGUUCUCUUUAGUUUUUGUUUUUUCCUCUGCAAUUAUUACUAUGGGCACCCGCCUGGAACCACAUUCUGGUCAUUCAUAUAUACAUAUGGCCGUUUGAGGAGCAGGUAGGUUUUCCCAUUUUCUUGGCCUAAAAACUAUGUACAUAGGAUGAGUUGUGAGUAAGAAGAGCGUUCAAGUUCUGAACGAAGUUUGGCACCAGAGUGCCAAACUCUAUAGCCCAGGGUUGCUUUUACAUUUUUGCUUUCCUGUGAUGUAAACUGAACUGGUUAUAAACUUAUAAUUAUGUGUAAUUGCUCCUGGAUGAACA